UCCCACCAAAAUGCUUUUGCCACUCUUCCUAGUAACUAUUCUCAUAAGUGGAGGGCUAGGAACUCCAGUUCGUUCUCGACCUCAAUAUCAGACGGAUGAUUAUUACACUCACGAAGAGAUACAGGACUACCUAAAAGGACUGGCCAAAAGCUAUACCAGGCACGUGAAAUUGACGAACGUUGGGAAAACCUACGAGAACCGGAACCUCACCACCAUUACAAUAUCAAACGGAGAUGGGCGGAAACACAAGAACGUCAUCUUUAUAGAUGCCGGAUUUCAUGCCAGGGAAUGGCUAACUCAUACGGCAGCCCUAAAUAUCAUCGAUAAGUUGGUUGUGAGCUACGAAGAGAACAAGCAACUCCUGCAGGACUAUGACUGGGUUAUUUUACCAUUGGUGAACGCAGAUGGCUACACAUAUUCCCGGUCGGGAAAGAAGUUCACCAAUGAAACUAUCACAUGCUCAUGCCCUUGUGCCGGGGAUCUUGAAAUUAAAUGUUGGCGAAAGAAUCGCGAACCCAACAAACAGGGAUGCACUGGAACCGAUCUCAACCGGAACUUCGGACAUGGAUGGGGCAAAGGAGACGCCUCGAGUAAUCCAUGCGAAAUUACAUAUAAGGGUCACUCCAAAUUUUCGGCAUCGGAAUCUCAAGCAGUGAGAAGAGUUCUUCUCGAUCUGGCAAGCUCCGGACGAGGCGUAUUAUACCUUUCGAUUCAUUCCCCUGUUGGCGAAAUUUUUUAUCCAUGGGGAGCGGAAGCAAUCAAGGCUGAAAACUACAAAGAGCACGAGGAAGUGGUGCAAGCAGGCAUAGAUGCCAUGGCCAAGGCAAACUUUCAGUUCCCCUCCAUAUACAAGCAAGGUCCCUUAUAUGGCCUCUACCCUACUGGUGGCACCUCAAGACGAAGCACUAGGGCUGUGCCACAUGGUCAGCCGGAUACUGAUAAGCCGUUUGGAUGGACUGGGUUGGUAGUUGGGUAG